AUGUUCCGCAAGGCGCGGCGAGUGAACGUGAGGAAGCGCAACGACUCGGAGGAGGAGGACGAGGAGCGCGACGAGGAGCCGCCCCACGAGCCGCCGCCGGGACCCGCCGCGGAAGGGCCGGCCGAGGCCUCCACCGUGGCGGCGGCGGCCGGGGGAGGAGGCGGCGGCGGUCCCGGCGGCCCCGGUCUGCUGCCGCUGCCGCCCGGCUGCGUGCCCCUCGCCCUGCCCGGCAGCCCCGCCGCCUUCGCCUGCGCCGCGGGCUACGGCGCGGCCCUCGGCUUGGGGCUGGGCUUGAUGGCGGCCGACCGGGCGGGCCUGGGGUCCCCGCCGCCCUCCCCGCUGCCCCCGCCGCCGGCGGCGGCUCCUCAGCAGGGCAACGGGCUGCCGGCCGCCGGGCGCCACAAGGAGAAGAAGCGGCCGCGGGAGAGCAAGGAGGUGCCGCGGGCCAGCCUGCUCAGCUUCCAGGACGAGGAGGAGGAAACUGAAGAAGUUUUCAAAGUGAAGAAAUCAAGUUACAGCAAAAAGAUUGUAAAACAAUUGAAGAAAGAAUACAAGGAAGAUCUUGAAAAAUCAAAAGUUAGAACAGAGGUCAAUUCUCCGACAGAUGUCGAACCACCACUAGAAAAGACAGGACAGAUUAAGGAUAUAGGUCAAGAAGAUGGGACUGCAAACAGUGAACAAGGUGAAGAAGAAAUGGAAGUUGAAAGUGAGAAGGAAGAAGAAAAACCAAAAGCCGGUGGGGCUUUUUCAAGUGCUCUAUCUUCACUGAAUGUUCUCCGCCCAGGAGAAAUUCCAGAUGCUGCUUUUAUUCAUGCCGCUAGAAAAAAACGUCAAAUGGCUCGUGAACUUGGAGACUUUACCCCCGUUGACAGUGAACCAGGUAAAGGCCGCCUUGUUCGAGAAGAUGAAAAUGAUGCCAGUGAUGAUGAAGAUGAUGACGAGAAGAGGAGGAUAGUUUUUACAGUGAAGGAAAAAUCCCAAAGGCAAAAGAUUGCUGAGGAAAUAGGUAUUGAGGGAAGUGAUGAUGAAGCACUGGUGGCAGGGGAACAAGAUGAAGAACUCAGUAGAUGGGAGCAAGAACAGAUACGGAAAGGAAUCAACAUACCUCAGGUUCAACCAAGUCAGCCUGCUGAAGUGAAUAAUCUGUACUACCAGAACACUUACCAGACAUUGUCUUAUGGUUCGUCAUACGGCAUUCCAUACACUUACGCUACGUAUGGAUCAUCAGAAACCAAGUCUCAAAAAACAGAUAAUACAGUUCCUUUCAAAACACCCAGUAAUGAGAUGACUCCUAUUACUAUUGAUUUGGUAAAGAAACAGCUUAAAGACAGGUUGGACUCUAUGAAAGAAUUGCACAAAGCUAAUCGGCAGCAAUAUGAGAAACAUCAGCAAAGCCGAGAGGACUCUACCAAGGCAAUUGAAAGAUUAGAAGGGUCUUCUGGGGGUAUUGGUGAACAGUAUAAGUUUUUGCAAGAAAUGCGAGGGUAUGUCCAAGACUUGCUUGAGUGUUUCAGUGAAAAGGUGCCUCUGAUUAACGAACUUGAAUCUGCAAUGCACCAGCUGUACAAACAGCGAGCUUCCCGCCUUGUCCAAAGACGACAAGAUGAUAUUAAAGAUGAAUCUUCGGAGUUUUCAAGCCAUUCAAAUAAAGCACUGAUGGCACCAAAUCUUGAUUCUUUUGGACGAGACAGAGUGCUCUAUCAAGAACAAGUAAAGCGUCGGACUGCGGAAAGAGAAGCUAGAAGAGCUCGUCGUAGACAAGCAAGAGAGCAAACUGGGAAGAUGGCAGAUCACCUUGAAGGCCUUUCCAGUGAUGAUGAGGAAACUUCAACGGAUAUUACAAACUUCAAUAUGGAGCGAGAUCGUAUACUGAAAGAAUCCAGCAAAGUUUUUGAAGAUGUUUUGGAAAGCUUUUACUCAAUUGAUUGUAUUAAGUCACAGUUUGAAGCUUGGCGUUCAAAGUACUUUGCUUCUUACAAGGAUGCCUAUAUUGGCCUCUGUUUACCAAAGCUGUUCAACCCUUUAAUCAGACUUCAGCUGCUUAUCUGGACUCCUUUGGAGGGCAAGUGUCGUGAUUUUGAGACUAUGUUGUGGUUUGAAUCAUUGCUGUUUUAUGGCUGUGAAGAACAGGAGCAAGAAAAAGAUGAUGCUGAUAUUUCACUAUUACCUACCAUUGUAGAGAGAGUUGUUCUUCCGAAAUUAACAGUGAUUUCUGAAAAUAUAUGGGAUCCUUUUUCUACAACACAAACAUCUAGAAUGGUAGCGAUUGUACAAAAACUAGUAGAUGGAUAUCCUUCAGUGGUGAAUGCAGAAAACAAAAAUACACAAAUGCUUUUAAAGGCAUUGUUGCUAAGAAUGAGGAGAACACUAGAUGACGAUGUAUUCAUGCCCUUAUAUCCAAAAAACAUCUUAGAAAACAAGAACUCUGGUCCAUAUUUGUUUUUCCAACGUCAGUUUUGGUCCUCUGUUAAGUUAUUAGGAAACUUUCUCCAGUGGUAUGGAAUUCUUUCAAACAAAACUCUCCAGGAGCUGUCAAUAGAUGGUCUGCUAAAUAGAUAUAUUCUUAUGGCUUUUCAAAACUCUGAGUAUGGAGAUGACAGCAUAAAGAAGGCUCAAAGUGUAAUUGCUUGCUUUCCUAAACAGUGGUUUGCUACUAAAGGAGACAAGACUAUUUCUCAGCUAGAAAACUUCUGUAGAUACCUUGUUCAUCUGGCUGAUACAAUUUAUAGAAACAGCAUUGGUUGCUCUGAUGUAGAGAAAAGAAAUGCAAGGGAGCAAAUAAAGCAGAUCAUAAAGCUUCUGGCAAGUAUACGAGCGCUGGAUCAUGCUAUGACAGUUGCAAAUGAUCACAAUGUAAAAGAGUUAAAAAUUUUAAUAGAAGGAAAAUAGACUUUUCCGACAUCUCGUUAUGAGCUUUAAAACCAUUCCUGAUGUGUAAUUUAUGUACAUAUGUAAAGUUUCUUAAACUGUAAAGUAUUGAUCUUUGUUUUAAUACAAAGUGCAUUCUUAUAUACAGCAUCCUUAAAAAAAAAAGUAAUUCUAAAGUUGACUUCUUUAGAAGCAAAAAUGAAAUCCCAAGAUUGUGAUUCUUCCAGAAAUCAGACUUUGCUUAAAGUUUCUCAAAAUCUUGUUUACAAAAAACACUUUAUACCCAUGAUUAGUAGUCAUCUACUCCUCCGUUAAUUGUUCCGUGGCUAACUGGAAUGUGUAUAAUAUAUUAAGUGUAAUGCAAUAUUAUACAUAUAUUUAUACCACCAUCUUACCUUCACACUGGAUAUGGAGAUCUUUUACUGUUGAAAAAAGUUUUUCAUUUGCUAAAAAUCACUUGUUUUGAAAAUAAAACAAUCGUAUUAUUGGUCAAAAGGGCUGGCAAAAUAUUAAAAUAUGUGAAAGUCGUUCAGCCUAAAUAGUAGAAAGACUUUCAGAUGGAACCUGACCCUUAAAAAGCCACUGUGGUUCACUCAGAUUGGAAUAACAAAAAAGUAUUUGCAUUCAAAUAUGGAACUCUAAAGACUGUUCUUAGAAACAAAGUAGAAAUGAAAACCCAAAUCAAUGCUUAACUGUUUCCUUAAUUCAAACAAACAAUGUAAACUCGAGAUUAUGGUGCAAGUUUAUGUGACAGUGUUUCCUAAUCCCCAAACACCUUAUAUUUUCUAAGAAAACUAGUUCACCUGUGAACUCUGGACCCUCAUUCCUUGUGCAAGGUGGUUAAGUUCACUGUUUGCAUUCUUUUUUUUUUUUUAAUGACUUCAUACUGGGAACCUCUUUCUUCUGAUUGGUAUGGCUAAAGAUGUAAAGCUAAAUGAAAGUGAAGAAAAAUUUAUAUCUGAGGAUUUGAAGUGUUUGUAUUGUAAUAAAUGGUCAAAUGUUUCAUUUCCUGCUAAAUACCCUCUAAGAAUACAGUCCUGGAAAACAAAGCAUUUAAUUGAGCUGUAAAUUAAAAAUAAAACCCCUUAAAUAUAUGAUGAUCUACGUUGGAACACCAGUGAUUUGAUGUUGGGGUCCAAGGCAUGCUAAGAGCUGUACUAGCCUUGGAUUAAGAGCUAUUUCCCAGUGUGCCCUACCUUUUGGGGGAAUUGUAGCAAUAAAUUGGCGUCCUGAACAACAUAAGAAUCACUGUAUUUUAAGCUUAUGUCAUGUGGUAUAAAUGAGUAUAUUAAAAACGUACAAUUUGUAACAUGCACACUUCAUUUGGACACUGAACAAUUGUUUUUCUGAACUGUUGGGAUUGAUGGAGUACAUUCAGAGUAUCUGCUUUUAAAAAAUGUUUCAAUAAACUUGUCUGUCAAGGA